GUGUUAAAGAAUUAUGGAAAUUUGCCAUUCGGGAUACACGUUGAAGAAAUUGCAGUGAUCAACUGAGUCGAAAUGUUUGGUGCAAAAGCUUUGAUUUUGUUGACAAGGAAAUGGAAAUUGAAACCACCAAACACUGUUUUGAGCUUUUCUUCCUCUUCACAACACGUGAAGUUCAAAGCUCCUAUGGAUAUGGCUGCUAUAGAUGGCGAACUUAGGGUUUUUCUUGUUGCGGGUGAAGUUUCCGGUGAUUCCAUCGCUUCUCGUCUCAUGGCUUCCCUUAAGCUUCUUUCUCCUUUCCCUGUUCGAUUUUCUGGCAUUGGAGGCUCUAAGAUGAGAAGUGAAGGAUUGCAAUCUUUGUUUCCCAUUGAAGAUAUCUCAGUAAUGGGAAUUUGGGAACUAUUGCCACAUUUGUAUACAUUCAAAGUGAGUUCUGAAUCAUCGCAAGCUAGUAAAGUUGCAUUGUGCACAUCCGGGACAGUUGCUGUGGAGCUGCAGCUUGCACGUUUACCUUGUGUUGUGGCAUACCGUGCCCAUAUUUUGACUGAAUGGUUUAUUAGGUACAAAGCAAAGAUACAAUACAUGUCACUUCCCAAUAUUCUUUUGAAUUCAGCCAUUAUUCCUGAAGCACUCUUUCAAUCCUGCGAACCGGCAAACCUAGCCCUAUUGCUCAAAGAUUUAAUACAUGAUCAUGUUUGUCAAGAAAAACAAAUACUUUCAGCGCAAAAGUUUGUCAAGCUUUUAAUGCCUUCCGAAAGAAUAAACCAGAACCUUGCAAAGCAAAGUUUGACGGGAAAAUAUCCUGAUUACAGUCCAAGUGCUGUUGCAGCGUUGACUAUAUUAAACUAUGGGAAGCCUGUGAUUCAUGACUAAUAAACAAGUUUAUGUGGCAUUGAAUUUAUUACUACUAAGAUUUAAGGUUUGAAGCAUUUAUAGCUGCAAAUCAGUUACUUGUUAUUGUCA